UCUUUAAGCUGCAGCGGGACGGACGACCCGUUUUUACGUCCGUCGUCCCACCAUGCAGCGUGAACCUCCGAAGAAGAAGGCAGAGAAGAAGGCGGAAAAGCGUCUCUUCGACGCCGCGUCCUUCGGGAAGGACCUGCUGGCAGGCGGGGUCGCCGCAGCUGUGUCCAAGACGGCAGUGGCGCCUAUCGAGCGGGUGAAGCUGCUGCUGCAGGUGCAGGCGUCGUCCAAGCAGAUCAGCCCCGAGGCGCAGUACAAGGGCAUGGUGGACUGCCUGGUGCGGAUUCCCCGCGAGCAGGGUUUCUUUAGUUAUUGGCGUGGCAAUUUGGCAAAUGUUAUUCGAUAUUUUCCAACACAAGCUCUAAACUUUGCUUUUAAGGAUAAAUACAAACAACUUUUCAUGUCUGGAGUUAAUAAAGAAAAGCAGUUCUGGAGGUGGUUUUUGGCAAACCUUGCUUCUGGUGGAGCUGCUGGGGCAACAUCCUUAUGUGUAGUAUAUCCGCUAGAUUUUGCACGAACCCGAUUAGGUGCUGAUAUUGGAAAAGGUCCUGAACAGCGACAAUUCAAGGGUUUAGGUGACUGUAUUAUGAAAAUAGCAAAAUCAGAUGGAAUUGUUGGUUUAUACCGAGGGUUUGGUGUUUCAGUUCAGGGCAUCAUUGUGUACCGAGCCUCUUAUUUUGGCGCUUAUGACACAGUUAAGGGCUUAUUACCAAAACCAAAGGAAACCCCAUUUCUUGUCUCCUUUUUCAUUGCUCAAGUUGUGACUACAUGCUCUGGAAUACUCUCUUAUCCCUUUGACACAGUUAGAAGACGUAUGAUGAUGCAGAGUGGUGAGGCUGAACGGCAAUAUAAAGGAACUUUAGACUGCUUUGUGAAGAUUUACCAACAUGAGGGAAUCAAUGCAUUUUUUCGUGGUGCCUUCUCCAAUAUCCUUCGUGGUACAGGGGGUGCUUUGGUGUUGGUAUUAUAUGAUAAAAUUAAAGAAUUCCUUAAUAUCGAUAUUGGAGGCAGUUCAUCAGGAGAUUAAAUUGAGAAAUGCAUAUAUUUAAUUUGUUAAACAUACAAAUUACAUAGCUGCCAUUUGUAUACAUUUUGAUAGUGUGUUAUUACUGUCAGUAUUUUCCUAAAGUGCUAAUUCUGCGAUAAAGCACAAGCUUUUUUCAAGGAUUUAAAUACUGA